GAACCAAAAGUAACCUUCCACAGUAGGGGAAGGAACACAAUAAUGGUAGUCUGCAAAGAAGAAAAACAGGCGGAAUUCCUCAAGAACAAAUCUUUCACCUGUAACUCGUCGGUGGUUACAGUCUACCCUUGGGCGCCAGCCAAAGCAACACAAGACUCCCCCUCCAGGUAUCGACAGCAGCUGAUGCAGAAGUAUUUCUGGAUUCAGUUCGAUGGGAUUCGAGAGGGACUGCACGGGGCAAGCAAGGCAAAGAGGCCACAUGGGAACGGACCCAAGAUGCCCAAAGAACGCUGACUCAGCAAGAAAUAAAACGCUGAAACCAACCAGCCUCGAGGAGGUGGAAGAGGAACCGGGCUACUGGUUUGUCAGAGACACCAAGUACAUCGGAUGGGUUUUUAACGACAAUCUAGAAACCCCGGACUGGGUAUGGGUAUUAGAAGGGGAGCCAACCCAAAGGCCAGACAUCUACCCGCCAUCGGAUAGUAGUUGGCAGACCAAGAAGAUCGGCAAGAAAUCCCCCAAGAUUUUUACAACAGACCAAAUCUUAAACAAAGAGAGGGUGCAAGAAGAAAGGAGGUUAAGAGAUCUUCAAAUGGACCUUGAUGAGACAGGCGAGCUGGCAGAAAGAAGCUGGAUGGAAGUGGUAAAAGAAGGAAAGAAGAGAGGAACGCAGUUGGGUACAACACCAAACAGUACAGCGGAUGGCACAGUGAUACAGUACACGCGCAAGACAAGCGCAAGAACUGGCCAGCAAAAGGAAACCAACGUGGAAAGCGAAGGGGCGCAAGGACAGGAUGUGGAAAUGUUUGAAGACAGAAGAAGCGGGACCAAGAGGAAGGGAGGGGAAAUCACCAAAGACGAACCCAUCAGAAGAAAGGCCGUAGAGGAUUACUAUUACGGGCAGGAGGAAGAGGAAACAGAAAACAGACCCAUUGAAGAGAUCAGGGAAUAUAUUCAAACAAUGAGGGCACAAAGAGCAAGUAUGUUCGAGCUACAUAUGGCCUAUGUGAGGGAAGAAGUGAAGACAAGGACGUUAGAGAUCCCACUCACAGCAAACCCAUAUGAGGCUCUCAACGAGGAGGAGGAAAUGACAGAAUACUAUGCACAGCAAUACUGUCGUAUUAGGAAGGACCGGGCAAGGAAGCAAAAUGGAGGAGAGGAGAGUGAAGGACAAGGAGAAGAAGGGGAAUGGAGGGAGGACAGAUACAGGAUGCCCGAACUGCCAGAGACCUACAACAAAAGAGAAGAGGAGAGGAAGAAGGGAAACCUGAAGAGAGAGAAGGCGAGGGGAACCAAGGAACAAAGGGGGAGCACCAAGAUGAAGGGAGAAGAAGAGAAGAAAGAGAGCAUCCCAGGGGCGCAGCAAGGACAGGAAGAACAGAACAGUGAAAGAGAAUCCUUGCUGCUGCAAUCCACAGUUUUGGAAGCACAGAUCCAAAGGCUGUCGGACCUGAACGAGGAAAUGAGAUUAUCAACAGUCACAGUCGGCUCCUUAAACGACUGCACGCAGACGGAAUUCUGGAACAAGAYUGUAGCAACAAGUAAAAUGCUCUUACCUUCAAGAACGAUCUUGGCCAUGAUGUUUGAUGUGCAGAYAGAAGACUGGCAGAUCGCAACAGCAACCAACUUCGCUCUCCCCAGACUGGAAAAGGGCCAAAGCAUAGAGGAGAAGCUCACAUCUACGGUCUCAGAAAAGGAACCAGUCAAGGUUGGGCUGUUAGGGGAAAUGCUGAAGGUACCCACCAUGAAUGGAAGGGAGGCAGAAAGCAAGGAGGAAACCCUGGAUGUAAGACUGAUGGUGGCCAUAUACAGCCCAGGGUCCGCCUUAAAAAACAACCUGCAAUGGCGACCAUGGUGGCAAAUUUCACAACUGCCAUACACAGCCCUUGGCACAAGUGUAUUGCCGGAGUUACCAGCAGCAAGCCUAGCAAUCAUCCUUGCACAGAAAAUUCACAAACUGAGCCAAAGGGAGCUGGGAGACAUGCUUCAGGACCUGCAGGAGAUGGGGGAGGAGGCAACCUUGCGAACGAUGUUCAAUCCCUCCCCUUGAAUUAGGCCGGACCAGCCAAGGCGGUAGGACUGAACCAUUGAACCAUGGAUGGGAGGGAUGAGYAAAAAGAGGGAGGACAGAAGGAACACCACAGAGCGAAGAAAAGAGCGGAGCUAGAUAUCAGAUCAUGGAACGUGCAUGGACUGGCCACCCUUCUGUCGACUCCAGCGAAAUGGUUCAGUCUAACGGCUAAUCUCCAAUGGUUUGACAAUAACCCACCGGACAUAGUCUGCAUACAAGAGWCACACCWAACCAGCUCUGAUGAACACAAGUCUAUACAGAAGGAAAUAGAGAGAAGACUGAGGCACGUAUGGAGAGCGGAAUGGGUUAGUAGCCCCAACCCAGCAUCGGCGGGAGUGCUAAUCAUCUUUCAUGGAAAAUCAAAGGCAUUACAACAU